GGGCCGGAAGAGAGAAGCGGACAUGCUGAAGGAGCUCCAGCUCUUGCUGUUAGUCACCCUACUGCUUUUAUGUGGCUUCCUCUACCAGCUCACCCUGAAGUCCAGCUGCUACUUCUGCUUGCCUCCUGAUGAGUUCCAGCAGGGGCCGGAAGCCCUCCUGGGCAAGGGACGCAUCAUUGUGUUCCUAGAGACCUCUGAGAGAGUGGAGCCAUCCCCACUGGUCUCCUGCGCUGUGGAGUCCGCUGCCAGGGUUUAUCCUGAGCAGCCUGUGGCGUUCUUUAUGAAGGGUCUCAGUGACUCCAUGCAGCUGCCCCCAAACUCCACUUACACAGCCUUUUCCCUCCUCUCAGCAAUAGACAAUGUUUUCCUCUUCCCUUUAAAUAUGAAAAGGCUGUUUGAAGACACACCAUUGUUCUCAUGGUACACUCAAAUCAAUGCCAGUGCACAGAGAAACUGGCUCUAUGUCAGCUCAGAUGCAUCCCGCCUGGCCACCAUCUGGAAGUACGGCGGCAUCUACAUGGACACUGAUAUCAUCUCUAUCAGGCCUAUCCCUGAGGAAAACUUUUUGGCUGCACAGGCUUCUCGGGACUCUAGUAACGGGGUGUUUGGAUUCCUACCCCACCACUCCUUCCUAUGGGAGUGCAUGGAAAACUUUGUUGAACACUACAAUUCGGACAUUUGGGGCAACCAGGGUCCCAUUUUGAUGACGAGGAUGUUGAGAGUGUGGUGCAAACUCAAAAAUUUCCAGGAGGUGAGCGACUUCAGGUGUUCAAACUUUUCCUUCCUACAUCCCCAAAGAUUUUACCCCAUUUCCUAUCCACAGUGGCGGCGCUACUAUGAAGUGUGGGACACAGACCCAAGCUUCAAAGACUCCUACGGCCUGCAUCUGUGGAAUUACAUGAACCGGGAAGGGAGGACUGUGGUUAGAGGCAGCAACACGCUAGUGGAAAAUCUCUACCGUAAACACUGUCCUAGGACUUACAGGGUCCUGAUUCAAGGCCCAGAAGGGUUGGUGACCGGGGAGCUGGGUCUAGGUAACGAAUAGUUCCAGCGCUGGGUUGUUGCUGCUACGUCGUGGAACCAAGUGCUGCCUGGAGCAUCUCCCUUUCCCUCGAUCUCCACUCUUCUCAGGGGUGCGGGGGCUUAUCCACAUGUCAGUUAGGAUUAGUUUUCUCUGUCUGUAAUAGAAAAAUUCUAAAGACCAUUGGUAUAUAUAAUAUAGAAUUUUAUUUCUCUCUCCUGUAAAAGAAUCUGAGGGCAGGGAAUUCAGAGUGAGUGUGGUCACCACAGUCAUCAGAGACUAAGGCUCUUUGCAUCUUUCUGUUUGUCAUCCUUAGUGUCCACAGCUUAUGGUCCAUAUUGCUUCCUGAUCUCCAGUCAUCAUGUCUGCAUUUAAAUAAUGUGCCCUGGACUAGCCAUCUAGGGCCAGUCUCCUUGGUCCUGUUUCUGUGUCAGGGACUGACACUGGUGCCACCAAAUCUUGUGCAUGCUGUGGCAGAGGAUGACAGCUUCCCAGAGCUAAGUGAUCUAAUUCUCUGCAAACUCUUGGUAUCUUCAGGACCUGGAACAGAGCCUGGCACACAGUGGGUACUCAAUUACUCUUGGCUGUAUUGAAUGUUGAACUGUGGCCCAGUAAGGGAAGGGUGUGAGGGUUUCAUGCAUGACAGGUCUUGGUCAAUUGAGGAUGGAGUCUUUAGCUUUUGGCAUUACCGACAAGGUGGACUGAGUUGCAUGUCAAGUCUACUUUCUCACAACAGCCCUGCAAAAGAGGGGACACAUUUACACAUGGGGAAAUUGAUACUGGUGGAAAUGAUGAAAACAAACAGGUUCUCCCAGAGCUACUUGCUCCACACUUCAGGAUGGCGGUGGGAAGAGAGCUGAGAAACAAAUGCUCCAAGCUCCAACAGAUUUCACACUGUGCUGAACUCAGAGGACACGCACUGACUGCCAGUCCACGGGCUGAGCCUAGAGAUGCUUUAGCUAAUGUGGUUUCAUAAUGACCCUGGUAGGUAGAGUUUAUUUUUUCUAUUUUAUAGAGAGGUUAAAUGACUUUCCCAGAAUUACAAAGCUUAGAAAUGUGGAAGAUAGAUGACUCCAAAGCCUGGGCUCUUCUCUCCCUUCCAGUGGAGAGAAAAGUGUCCCCUGACCAAGAGAGGAGAGGAGGAACAAGAUUUCUCACAAAGUAGAUGGCUCACAGAAAGGCCUUACUUGGUCCUGGUUCCCGCUCCAUCCACUUGUUUUUAACAUUUAAAAUAUUGUGGUAAAAUAUAAAAUCAUAACAUUUACCAUUUUAACCACUUUAAAGUCUACAAUUCAGGGACAUUAAGUACAUUCACAUUGUUGUACAACCCACACCACUAUCCAUUUCUGUAACCUUUUCAUCUUUCCAAAGUAAAACACUAUACACAUUAACUCCCCACCCCAGCCCUGGUAACCACUAUUCUGCUUUCUGAAAUAUCUCUAUAAAUUGGACAAUUCUAGGUACCUUGUAUAAGUGGAAUCAUGUAAUAUUUAUCCUUUUGUGUCUGGCUUAUUUCACUCAGCAUCAUAUUUUCAAGGUUCAUUUAUGUCGU